AUGAACGUGACCUACGCCAGCGCAGCAGCAGACACAGUGAACGUGACCUACACCAGAGCAGCAGCAGACAGUGAACGUGACCUACGCCAGCGCAGCAGCAGACACAGUGAACGUGACCUACGCCAGAGCAGCAGCAGACACAAUGAACGUGACCUACGCCAGAGCAGUAGCAGACACAAUGAACGUGACCUACGUCAGAGCAGCAGCAGACACAUUGAACGUGACCUACGUCAGGGCAGCAGCAGACACAUUGAACGUGACCUACGUCAGAGCAGCAGCAGACACAGUGAACGUGACCUACGUCAGAGCAGCAGCAGACACAAUGAACGUGACCUACGUCAGAGCAGCAGCAGACACAAUGAACGUGACCUACACCAGAGCAGCAGCAGACACAAUGAACGUGACCUACGUCAGAGCAGCAGCAGACACAGUGAACGUACCCUACGUCAGAGCGGCAGCAGACAGUGA